UAUUCUUCCAAUGAGAUUAAAACAGGAAGUGAGCGGAUACCGGUAUGACGUAGAUGGUUGAUUUACUACCACCAUAACAGUUCGGUUUGAUUCGGUGAAGAUUUAAGUACAAAGAUUUAAAAACUUAGAGACAGGUCUAGAAUCUUUGUCAUCCCCAAUGGCACUUCAGGAGAGAAUCAGAGUGGUCCUGCUGGCAUGUGGCUCCUUCAACCCCAUCACUAAUAUGCACCUUCGUAUGUUUGAGCUGGCAAGAGAUCACCUGGAAGACACCGGAAGGUACAGAGUAGUAAAGGGUAUCAUCUCUCCUGUUGGUGAUGGUUAUAAGAAGAAGGGUCUGAUUGAGGCCUGUCAUCGUAUAGAAAUGGCCAGAUUGGCGACAGAGAGCUCCAGCUGGAUCAGUGUGGAUGACUGGGAGAGCAGGCAGGCUGAGUGGGUGGAAACGGUCAGAGUUAUCAGACACCAUCAUGCUGAGCUGUCAUCAGAGGACGACCUCCACGACAUGGUGGACACAGUAAAGUUCACAAAGAAGAGAAGACUGGAUGUAGAAAGUUUCUCAGAUCACGACAGAUCAGAAACUCUUCAGCUCAAGCUGUUGUGUGGCGCAGACGUGCUGGAGUCCUUCAACAUCCCAAAUCUGUGGAAGAAGGAGGACAUUGCAGAGAUCGUGGGCCGCUUCGGGCUUGUGUGCAUCACCAGGAGCGGUGUUGAUGCAGAGAAGUUUGUCUACCAGUCAGAUGUGACGCACAAACACCGUAAGAACAUCCACAUCGUGAGGGAAUGGGUGACCAACGAGAUCUCAGCCACGCACGUGAGGCGUGCUGUGCGCAGGGGCCAGAGCGUGCGCUAUCUGCUGCCUGAUCCUGUGGUGAAGUACAUCGAAGAUCAGCAACUGUACAGUGCUGAGAGUGAGCAGAAGAAUGCUGAGGUCAUCCUUGCUCCUCUGCAGAGAUACGGCAGCAGUGCCGUAUAAGUUACUCUUUUGUGUGUGUGUGUGUGUGUGUGUGUGUGUGUGUGUGUGUGUGUGUGUGUGUGUGUGUGUUGUGCUGCCAUACUAUUGCACUUCACAAGCUGCAAUAAAACUUUGGACUCCCCUGAAACAGUAUAUAUUUUUUUAGAGUGUAAAUAGUUUUAAUUUAUUCACGAUUUUCUGGAUUACACACAAAGUGAAUUUUACAUUCUACACUUUAUACUUAGAGGUUGAAACAGGUUUUUGUCAAUAUCAUGCCUUUGGUAAUUCAUCGAUACAUAUUGAAUCAAGGGCAAAUGUUAUAAUUAUAUUUACUGUAAUGUUAUAUAAUUUUUAAUAAAUUAUUUCAUAUUUUGAGAUAUAAUUCAGUAUACUAGAAUAUUUGUUGCCAGCUCCUAAAAUUUCUGAAAGAAUAUUUCCUUAAAGACUCUUUAAGACACCACCAGGGUUUUCCUGUUAUACUGUAGAUGCACAAUUGCAUGGGUUUAGUUUCUCAAUAAAUUGGCUUUGCACAAACAA